UGCGUCCGCGCCGGCAGCCGCCGCCCGCCUUCCCUGGCCUGUCCCCGCGCCGCCGCCCGCAGCACCUCUGCUUUCGCCGCUCCCGGGCCGCUCGGCGGGGCUGAAUAAACCAGCCGGGCGCGGCCCCCCCCCCCCCCCCGCCUGCUUUCCCUCCUCUUCUCCCUCCCCCUUUCCUUCCCCUCCCUCCCCGUCCCUUCCUCUCUCCGCCUGGUGCCGCCACCGCCGAGGAGGAGGAACAUGGCGAAAGCGGAGCAGGUCCUCAGCCUCGAACCACAGCACGAGCUCAAAUUCAAAGGUCCUUUCACAGAUGUUGUCACUACAAACCUGAAACUCGGCAAUCCUACAGACAGAAAUGUGUGCUUCAAAGUUAAGACCACAGCACCACGUAGAUACUGUGUAAGGCCUAACAGUGGAAUUAUUGAUGCAGGAACAUCAAUUAAUGUUUCUGUGAUGCUACAGCCUUUUGACUAUGACCCUAAUGAGAAAAGUAAACACAAGUUUAUGGUUCAGUCUAUGUUUGCUCCAGCUGAUACUUCAGAUAUGGAAGCAGUAUGGAAAGAAGCAAAACCAGAAGAACUCAUGGAUUCGAAACUUAGGUGUGUGUUUGAGCUACCAGCGGAAAAUGAUAAGCCACAUGACAUAGAAAUAAAUAAAAUUGUAUCCACAACUGCAACAAAGACAGAUUCCUCUGUAAUGUCUAAAUCAAUAAGUUCUUUGGAUGACACUGAAGUUAAGAAAAUAAUGGAAGACUAUAAGAGGCUUCAAGUAGAAGUUCAGAGGUUACGGGAGGAGAAUAAACAGUUUAAGGAAGAAGAUGGACUGCGGAUGAGGAAGGCACCUCAGACAAACAACCCAAUAUCUGCUUCUGCAGCUGCUGUCAAGGACGAAGGGUUCAGCUCCAGACUACUUGCUUUGGUGGUUUUGUUCUUUGUCUUUGGUGUAAUUAUAGGAAAAAUAGCCUUGUAGAGGCAGCAUGCUGGAAAUUGUAAAUUGGUUUGAUGGUUCUGCCAUAUCAUUGGAUUAAAUUUAUUCAUAACAAUGUUUAAAAAAAACUUAAUGUAUGACAUCUCACAGGUCUUGCCUUUAAAUUACCCCUGCACAAAUACUAUGUAACGUAAUCUAGAAAGUUUCAAAUGUACAGUGAGUGGAUGAAUGAAAGAGAUUAUGCUUCAGUGAUGAAGGGGGGAGAAAAUCACGAUUUAACACUACAAUGGAAUAUUGUAUAUGUCAUUUUAAACAUUCUUAGACCCUGGUAUAUGUUGCUGGAUGACCUCUUUUUAAAAAAAAAAUUUAAAAAAAAAUAAAAAAAAAAGGAAAAAUAGAAAAAACUCUUCCUCCACUGCCGGAGCUGGCCCUAUUGGAUGUUUGGAGGUGGGUUAGGCAGGAGGUGUUGAUAAACUUCUGUAAAAUAUGUUAAUCCACCAUUCUGCUCAUAAAUUUAACAGUUUCUGUCAGUGUCUUCAACUCUGUGCAAGUUACCAAUUUCUUGGCACUUGAAUCUUGAGAAACUGAAAAGAAUUGUAUGUGGCAAUGCUGAGUGUGCUAGGCAUCAUUAAGAGGCAUAUAUUGACUGGUAUGACUCUCAUUUGGAAUAAAGGUCAAUGCCUUGUUCUCAUAAAGGGACCAAGCUACAUUGCUGUUGGUUCAUUUAGUUGAAUGAAAAUGUUAUUCAGAGAUGUUUAAUGCAUAUUUAACUUAUUUAAUGUAUUUCAUCUCAUGUUUCCUUAUUGUCACAAAAUUGACUAAUACUAUAUGGUAUGAAAAGGCACCUGUUUAAAGCCAGUGACUAGAACUAAAAAUUCGCUGCUGUAGUGAUGCGAGAUUCUUCUGCCUCCUGGUGUUUUGGGCACUACACCAUUGUUGGGAGUUCUGAUUAUCUGAGCAUUGGAGAAACAGUGGUCAGGAAACUGGUUUUGUAUGUAAGUGAGUCUAGGGGGACAAAAACUAUUAGUAGUAAACUAGUCCUAUGCCGUAAAAGACCAAUCCUGUUUGACUAUGUAGCAUCUUAAAAAAAAAAAAAGGAAAAAAAAAGAAAAGAAAAAUUAAAUAAAGCCCCCAAAUUAAUGUUUCCUUUGUUACUUUUGUCAUGUUCUCACAGCUUUAGGGGGUGGGGGGAGGAAACAGUAUUCUCUGUCAACUUAGUUCACGGCAUAAGGAAAGCCUUGUUUGAGGAUGAUUUAUUUUUCUUUCCAGCCUAAUCUUAAAAUCCAUCCAAACCACCCUAUCCUGAGCCUGAUACACAUAAAUGCUGGUCAGAGUAACCGUCCUGACUGCUGAGGUACAAGGUAAAAGGUAACGUCCCAUUUUUCAGUUUAGCUGGGUUCAGUAGUUAAGAUGCUUAGUAACAUGUUGAAAGUAAGGUUAAGGUAAUCUUGUGCUAAGCAUACUUUUACUGCAAAAUACAUACACUCAAUGUGUUGUAACACGUUGAACUUAAGUGGAUGACAGCUCUUGAGCAGGUAGAAUCCUGUAUAUUCUUAGAUUAGGUCCAAAAACCAUCGGUGACAAGUUUUAGUAGCAUCUGUCAUGGUUUGAGGUAGGUCUUUUAAAAGCAACUUCUUUCAUUCCUUCAUUAUUCCUGUGUUUUCUUGGGAAAGCUGUUUGGGCUGCAGCCUGUCUGCCAUGCUCGUUGACCUUUAUAUUUGUUCCACUUAUGUCUCAAGGGUUUCCUGCUUUGCAAGUGCAAAGAAGUGACAUUUUAUGUGAUGUUUAAUGAGAAGAUAGGAGGAAAAUAAUCUUACUGGUGUGUUCAGCUUAGGAACACAACUCUGGCAGUACCUCCAGAAGGUUCAGCUGAAAUGAGAGGGGUGUCUUCAGAAUUUUAAAAUGUGAGUGCCUUGUCUGCUCAGGAUGGAAGUGACAAAGCUAUUCAAGUAUGCCUGUAAAGGGCAGAGGAGAUGGGAGAUGAGCUGGAAAGAAUGAGGCAGAGAGUUCAGUUUGACAAAUUGGGCACAACUGAUCAAGAAAAAAGAUGCUUUCUGGGCAGUAGAAGCUAAAGAGAACUUUUACAUGAAACACUUUAAGAGAACCUUUUCAGAAAGACAAGGUUAUAAAUGAUGUUGUAAAAUUAGUUUUCAUGGCUUUGAUGAAUGUAUUUGAGAGAACCCGAACCGAAGGGAGUUGGAGCUAUGCAGUAUUUUUGAAGAGGCUGUUGUAAAUAUCUUGAUAUGACUGAAAUGUGUUAUCAGAAAAGCUGAAUUCCUAACUUGCUUUAAACAAAAGAUAUUGACUCUUUCAAGAGCCCUUUGUUCUGCUGCAAAACAGCCUCAGAAAAGUUUGGGCCUUUGAAAAAAAGGCUGUAUGCAGAGGAGGGUUGAAGGGGGAGGAUUGAAGCUUGGAACUGCUCUCUUGUGAGUAUAUCUGUAAUAAUGUUGCAGGGCACUUUUACACACACUGUUAGCUACCAUAGUGGACUUGGCUGGCCCGGGCAGCUCCCAGCUGAAGGGGAAAGCCAGCAGAAUGUCCGUUUUCCUUCCAGUGUUCAGUAUGCACUUGGUGAUCUGUGGCAACUUGGAACUUUAAAUCAUUUGUGAGCAAAGUCAUCCCUGUUGUUUGCACUGCAGGGUUAUAAAGAGGUCUCAGAAAACGCUCUCAUGCUUUGCUAGAUGCCUUACAAACGUGUGAUCAAGGAGACCAACAAACAGAGGACUGUAGUUAAGGAUCUGUUGGCAACAGCUGUAGCCUGCAGUUGGGCUGACCCCUGCUAUCAGUCCUAAACAAAACUCCUAAAUUAACUGCUCAUCUUUUGGAACUUAACAGAAUUCUGAGGUCUUUCCUCACCAUUUCUGACACAGCUGACCAGCCAGUAACACUGAAUUGUCAGGGUUAUGCUUUUGCCGAGCUUAAAAUGACUGAUGAGUGGAAUCCUUAGUAUGUAUCUGGUCAACCAGAUACUUCUUUCAUACCCAGCAGAAAGAAAUCUGAAGAUGUUUUUUCUUGUGAGGUUCCUAAAAAGGCGGUCUGUAGACAGAUUACAGACCAGAUUGAUGGAUGUUCUAAACCUACCUGGAUCUUUUGUAAGUUGUUCCUUACACAGUGACCCCAGAGCAAAUGUUUUCAUGAAGUAUUCACAGAAAGUGAAUUAUUCUGGAGGCAUUGUGUAUCUUCAGAAGUUAUGCAUGAAACAUAGAGUUUCUAAGUAAGAUUGUCUGGUGUCCUUGCACAACACCAGAUAUAAGAAAACUGUAACUGAUACAUAAUAGUACAAAUCAAUAUAUUCCUUAAUCUAAUUAUUGUCCUUACUCUUAUUUUAAGAUGCCCAGUUGCAUAUACAUUUAUCAUUAAUUUUCAUGGGAUCUGGUAGAGGCUGCUUAGGUAGCCUUCAUUUUGUGGAGCUGUGUACUCCUGUCUGCACUCUCUGGCCAAAUCUGGAAUAAAUAGGUAUCUAAAAUGUCCUGAAGCCUCAUACUGGGAAAUGAAUGCAAAAUGAUUUCUACUAUUUUUAUGUAGUUAUCUACAUCUUAAAGCAAAUAUUCCAUGCAUGACUGAUGGUAACUAUUGCUCUGCAUUGGCACUUGUCAGCUGUGACUGCACAACUGCAACAAUUGCAUAUGUAAGCCAAGCACCCAGCUUCAAGUUAGCAUUGAAUAGCUUUAGGGAUUGAAGAGCAAGAUGAUGCCAGGUGUGUCACAUUGAGAGGGACUGAUGUACCAGAACGUAAUUUUCUAACACUACAGGAUUGUAACUGCUUGGUGGUGGUAUUCCAUGUCCUGAAAUGUCCUUUUUUUUGUCCUGAAAUGCUGUGAAUGGGAUAAAGUUGGAACCUCAUUUUGCAGAUGGCUGUAGUUUCUUCUCACCAGUAAACUAUACAGUUUUUAUUCACUGCACAUGUAAAAUUGCACUUCUAAUUGUAAUCUUGAUUUAGCAGUCGGCAUAUUUACAUGGUGUGUAUUUACAUACAUACAAAAAUGGAUUGUUAAUGUCUUGAGAUACUUGAUGUUGCAGUUGCCUAAUGAAAGAAAACUGUCAUCCCUUUUCUUUAGCAAUUGUGUAUGACAUUUUCAUCUCUUCAUCAUAACACUUCCUUAAUUCUCGGGCACAGCAGUGACUUAACUGUAGUAUUCUACGUUUUUGCAACUAUACUUCUCUUGCUCUACAUGAUGUCCUGAAAUGCCAUAUCCUGAGUUCUGUUUUCUAUAUAAAGUAACUGAGAAACAACCACAACCAAAAAUCCCUCUGUUUGAAAUUAAAGAACAUGUGAAACAAG